UGAUCGUCCUCAUGUUCACCUGAGGCCUGUGCGCGCGCGUGAGCAAAGAAAGCAGAAGAAAUUCGACGAUGUUUUGCAAACAGAGAACAGAUAAAUCAACUUGGUUUUUAUUUGUUGUAAGCGUUUAUUUCCACACGUUUCGAGUUGGUCAUUCGGUGAGUUUAGGACAGCGUGGGGAAGGCUCGACUGCGUACAGGGCUACCAGGUGGGAGAGGGUCAACCCAGACGAUGGAGCCCAGCAGGGAGACGCGUACCUGGGCGCACAGGUUGUUCAGGGCCCGGGGCCGCGCAGAUCCAACCAGCCGGGUCUCACUGCAGAGCCGGUCCCGUAUUACAGCGCAACGACACCGGAUGACAGCUCGUCCUGGACUGUCGGUGACAUCAGGACGGAACCGAGGUCCUCUGCUUCAGAGUCUGAAGAUGGAUAUCAAGCAGAUUUUACAGGUCUUCAUGGAGUCCAGGGGAAGGUUUCGGGCCCACCAUUUGACUCCUUACCACAUUUUACCAAGUGGCUCGCUAUGAGGCCAGUGGUGCAGUGUGAUCAUAGUGUCAUGACCUUCACUGCCUCUGGAGAAGAAAUCAGACACCUGUUCGUGCACAGAGAGGGAGCCUCUCCAAUCUCCCUGUUCCAGUUGCCUUCAUACUGCCGUUACUCAGUGCGGACGUCAUGGAGGGAUCUUGAGAUGAUGGUGCCUUAUGAUGCAUGUUACAUGAUACAAGAGAAUGGCAGUUACGUGCUGCCCAUGUUGUGGUGGGGCAGCCCCCUGAAGCUCUCCUGUCCGGUGCAGAUGUCCACUCCUGUUCCCCCUGUCUCCAACUCUGCCCUCUCAGUCCUGUGCUCCUCCUACGGCAUGGCAUUGCAGAUAAAUGGGCAGGAGCCGGAUAUACGGUUACUGGGGGUCAUAGUGAAUGGACAUUGGGGUCCGUUUGUGUCUGAAGAGUGCGGGUACCGUGUCCCCUCCCAUCCUGGAGAGCUUACCUUCUUCACCUCCUACAGCGCUCCUUGUAUCACUAGUGGAAAUGGCCUUCGUCUCCAGCUCAUGUUAAAUGAUCAGGAAUACGUUCUCUCCUGUCCAGCCAAUCCUCAGUUUCCCAAUGUCCCCUCUCCUCCUCACCCGUCUCCUGUUGACAAUCAGUUCCCCUACAUCCCAGAUCUUGUAUACCCUUUCUCGCCUUACCAGCCUCCUGCAUGGGCCCACGCUACAUCCUCUCCAAACAUUAACCCAGUGCAGGAAAGUUCUACCCACCAAUUUUCCAAAAUACCUGUUGGCUCUUCUGAAUAUGCAUCUGGUGGGUCUUACCCCUACGAGCCGUUCUACUACCCUGCAGUGACACCAGCCCUGACAUCUGAAGCUAAAGAAACGACUACUUCUACUGUUCCUCCACAAAGUCCUAAUUACCCUCAGUAUUCUCUUCAGAUGCCUUGCUAUCCUGCAGCACCACAAGCACCUUCUCCUUUCGCUCCCAGCUCGCCAUCACCUCCUACCCCUUCACAAAAUCAACCCGUGGGUCCACAGUACCCCCACUACCCACCGCACAUACAUCUGCCCCCCGCCAAGGAGACAGAGGCUCCACAAGCCAACUGCCCCCACUCCACUCACACCAUGUGUAGCCAUUACCCUAAUCCCCAUUAUCCCCAUUACCAUCCCCUCUACCUACCACCCUGCCAUCCACCUUACCAGCCUCUGCCCCAGUAUCCAGAGACUCCUCCACCAACCACCACCACUCCUCCCACCACAUCUACCACAGCUCAACCUACUCCACAGAUCCCCCAACUCCAGUGUAUGAUUGGGAGGAUGGUUGUCUUCCUGCCUUUUGCUCACCCAGACUCCAUCCAGGUCAGAGACCAAAUGAUGACAUGGCUGUUGGUCUCCAGUGUGUCUCCAGUGUGUGGGUACAUGAUGCAGACGGCUGAGGGCUCUGGGGUAAUCCUUCACUCUCCUCUGCCGGCCUGCCACAGCCAGUCACAGACUCCCACGACUGUUUCCUUGCCUCUGAGGUUUUGGGACGUUUCCGUUGCACAGUAUAGAAGUCUGGACCCGCAAUGCCCGUAUCAAACUCCCACACCAGUUACCCCAACAGUGUCCCCCACCCCACCCAGCACCACCAAGGGCAAGGGUGGCCAUACUGUUGUUCCAACGCCUAAAGUCUUCUGCUCCUCCCAUCAGAUGACUGUGGAGCUCCCCUCUGGUCCUUUCUCUGGAAUUGUUAUUAAAGACAUCAAAGGGAACCAGAUGACCCUCCAGGAUGCCCCAAAGGACUGUGGGUACUCUGCUGGAAAAGGCAAAGAUGGCAAAACACGUCUGAGUAUCCAGUUACACUCACGCUGCCACGUGAGCGUGCAGGGUAAAAUGUACAUCAUCACUGUCGUCUACAUGACAGUAAAUGGGAUACGGGAGGCUCAGUUUUCCUGUCCGGUUCUUGUCCCAGGGCCUGGACAAGAGUGCAACCUUCCCAGUGAACAGCGUCUCCCCUGUGGACCCAGCUCUGUGUCCCAGCCACAGUGCCUCUCCAUGGGCUGCUGCUUCGACAACCACCCCCUGCCUGCUACUACCCCAUGGAUGAGUGCACUAUUGACCGCCACUUUGUCUUCUCCGUGCCGGCCUCCCUCACGGACCCCCCUCUUUCCCCCGGCCUGCUUGUCGCUGCCGGCAACUCCACCUGCAAACCGCAGAGAGUGACUUCUGAGUACGCCUUGUUCAAGAUCCCUAUGGACGGCUGUGGGGCACGCAGAGUGACAGCGGGGAACACGGUGAUCUACAUGGUGGAAGUCAUCAACAUGGUUCAGACAAUCAGCCUCAACUAUGGCACCAUCACAAGGGAUUC